AAAAAUAGUUUUUUUUUUGGAAAAGGCAAAAUAUUUGAUUAAAGAAAGAACAAAGACAUAAAGUAGCAAGAAACCCAGAAAGUGAUAAUCGCAACGCAACGCUUGGAGGAGAACUCACUCACUCAUUCACACUUCAUUCAACCUUAAUUACUUAAGAAAGAAUUUCAUUAUUAUAAGAAUAUGAAGAACCAAGGUAGUUAUGUGCCACCAGCUUAUAUUCCAUUGGGGCAAUCAGAUUCAGAUGCAAUGAGUGUUUCUCUACACCAUGGUGAUGAUAGUAGCAAUGGAACAAGUCAAAUGCAGGCUCAAUGGUCUUCUGGAAUCUGUGCUUGUUGCGAUGAUAUGCCGAGCUGUUGUAUAGGUUUUUUUUUUCCUUGCUAUCUCUUUGGGAAGAAUGCAGAAUUUCUGGGUUCUGGCACGUUUGUGGGAUCAUGUGUUACCCAUUUUAUAUUAUGGAGUCUUGUUAAUACAGCCUGCUGCAUAAUAACUGACGGCCUGUUUUGGGGAUUACCUGGAUGCCUGGUUUCUUGUUAUGCUUGUGGCUACCGCAGAACCUUACGAUCAAAGCAUAAUUUGCCGGAAGCACCGUGUGGGGAUUUUGUUACCCAUUUUUGCUGCCAUUUGUGUGCCGUUUGUCAAGAGUACCGUGAAAUACGCGAAAGAGCUGGGGAUUCUGAAGCUACAGAUACAAAACUGGCAGUAGUUACAGCUCCGACAGUUCAGACAAUGCAACCAGAUUCAAAGCAGUAAUGCCACAAGUCUGCUCUCCCUAUCCCUUACACUGUGUAUGGUUUAAGGAUUGUAAACUUUGGUGAAGUAUGUGGUUCAUUACACGCUACAAGUCAAUGUUGUUAUACUAUUGAUCCUCACAUUUACUUUUUCAACUAUCUUGGAGAUAAACUAGAUGAAUAUAAAACACCCAGUUGUAAAUAAAAAUUUAGUCUGUUUAAUGCCUAGUCAUAUUACUGCUUCAGUGCCAUUUAUCCCACUUCCUCCAAGACUAAUGAAGCUACUUAUCCUCACAGCAUUACACCCUCAUUGUUCUUAUCCGGUUAUUUCAACUUGUAAUUUUACUCUGUAAUUCGCCUCUCCUAGAGCAGACUUUAUGUUUGAUAUUUAUGUUUUUAC